ACAGUUUUAGAAAAUUUAGGGUGUUUUCUAUCCAUAUGUAAUAAGUAUAUGCAUAUUCUAGUUACUGGGUAGGAGUGGUAACCAGAUUAAAUCGGGUAUGUUUUUUAUCCAGCCGUGUCAAUACUGCCCCCUAGCCCUAACAGGUUAACGUUAAAUCUAGGCCUACGGCGUUAGCUGCGUCUGUUCCACAUCAGUUUACUCCUGACACAUUGUCUCAGGCCCAGGGGCAUGUGAAAGUCCAUAUUGACCCAGGCUAUUUACCUUUCAUUACGGAGGGUUUUGUGUCUAUGUUAGGAAGUAAGAACCUAGUGCCAGUGAAGAUCCUACGAGACACAGGUGCCUCGGAAUCGUUUGUGUUGGAAUCUGUGUUACCUUUCUCUGCUGAGACUGAUUCUGGGAAUAGUGUUCUAAUUAGGGGAAUAGGUUUGAACAAUCUGUCAGUUCCAUUGCAUAAACUGAUAUUGGAUUGUGGACUGGUGAAAGGUGACGUUGUUGUGGGGGUGCGUCCUUCGUUGCCUAUUGAGGGUAUCGACGUUAUCCUUGGGAAUAACUUGGCUGGUGAGCGUGUGUGGCCUGUCGUGUUUCCAUCUCUAGUGGUUUCCACUAAACCGUCAAUUGUAGGGAUUCCUGAUGAGAGUGCGCAGAGUUUCCCAGCGGUGUUCUCUGCGGGUGCAGUGACGCGGUCUAUGAGCCAUGGUGACCCGGUCCCUGCUCCGGUAAAUGAGAAUACCACAAAGAAGUCUCUCACUGUUUUCCCUGUUAUCCCGUUAUCUGUAUUCCGCUCCGAUCUAAUCAAUGCGCCACGGACUGACCCCACAUUAGAAGAGUUGCGUGACCAAAUUGUGCCUGUGGAACAGUUGGGAGAUGUCGCACAUGGUUAUUUUCUCCAAGAGGAUGUUCUGAUGAGAAAGUGGGAGUCUACAGAGGAUGGUAAAACUGUUCGUUUGGCUGAUACCGUUACUUCCCUUGGUUCUUGUAAUACUAGGUCUGUGCAUGAGGACGAAAAUGUUCCUGGUCCCGAUGAUUGCAUACUGCAGGGUAGAUUGAAAAAUUCAGAGACACUGGAUAUUUUGGAUAGCCCUUUUACUCAGCUACCUGUUGAUGGGCGGAAAGAGCUGGUUGGUCUGAUUCGGAAAAUUCCAGGUUUGUUUUCUGUGACACCUACACGUUGUGACGGCCCUGAAUGUUUCUGAACCGUCUCAGUGCUUCUCCUUCCAAUAUUUCCCAUUUCCCUUUAAUUCUCAAUUAAUUAGUGCUUCUUCCAAUAGGGCGCUUCCCCUUUAAUUCCCAAUUAAAUAGCCAGCAUCAGCUGUGCAAAAGAGGAGUUGUGAUGGAAACAUGAAUGAGGAUGUGUUCGACCCUCAGUUCUGAAGCGUCUCUCUUCCGUUUGUUGUGCUGCUUUAAAAGUGUGCUUUGUGUAGCCUAAUAGAAAAUCUACCCAAGGUCGGCUCCACUCUUGCAUCUGUGGACUACACCUCUCCGUUGGUUUUCGUGGCCUUUCUCCGCUGGAGAUCUGUCGGCGGAUUGGCUUCUCUGACUGACCGACGGACUACAACCUUUUUUGUAUACGGUAUUUCAUUUGUUUUGGUGUGAUGUAUACUGUGAUGAUUUAGGUAGUUAGUUGUAGUUGAGGAUUUAUUGAAAUGUGUGGUAAAAUAUUUGUUCUUUUCAUUGUAUGAUUGACACUGGGUUUACGCUACACUGUAUGAACGGACAACCAUUGCGUGACUAAGGUCACUUGAGUUCCCUGAACUUGUUUACCGGGCUGGACUCUUUUUAGGCCCGAGGUACAGGACAUUUCUGGAGGAACCAGAGCUGUUUAAAGCUCAUUAUUGUUAUAUUGUUGUGUGUGUGUGUGUGUGAUCAUUUAGGUUGUUAAUACAACCACGCAAAAGAAUACAGUUGUUUUGAAGUUAUUUCCAUUGUUUUAAGGGUUUAUGAAAAGUGUAUUUCCAUCCUGACUUUUACAUGAGUCCUUUGUAUUGGUGUAGACUUGACGGACCAGAUGGGACUCAUUCCCUAUCAAACUAAAAGGAGAAACUAAUAUUUUCUCUGGUAGGCACAACCUACCUGGCACCCCUAUAAAUUAUAACCUCAAGUCAAAACCGUUACA